AUGUCUAGGAAGCAAGCAAAAGGAGAGUAUAUCGAAACCGACACGGGAAACAAGGUGUCGAGGAAAGCCGUCUUGGUUGGAACCCAACACAUCAUGCUGGGUGGUAAAACUGUCAUUCAAGCCGAAGCCAUGAUACGAGGUGAUUUAGCUCGAACUACCCAGUCUACUCCGACUACUAGCACUGCUCCCGGUAGCAAUACUGCUGUCGCAAUUGGUCGUUACUGUUAUCUUAGCAAAGGAUGCUGUCUACGUCCUCCAGGUCGCAUAUAUAAAGGAUCAUUUACCUACCUCCCUCUCCGACUGGGCGAUCACGUAUUCAUAGGCGAAGGAACCGUCGUACAAGCAGCUACCGUCGGAAGUCACGUACAUAUCGGCCAAAACGUUGCCGUCGGCGAGUUUGCAAUUAUCAAAGAUUACGUUCGAAUCCUCGAUGGUGCCGUCAUACCCCCCAAUAUGGUCAUACCUAGCUUCAGUAUCGUUGCCGGCCAGCCGGCACGUGUCGUCGGCGAGGUCCCCGAAGGUGGACACGAAGCAUUCGAACUCCGAGAGCUAUACAAAACGAUCGGAAACAACCCGCAACCACUAGUUGUGUGA